AUGGUUUCGGUGACUGUGGCCCUCGUGCCUCUAUCUCCCCGGCCACCCCGGAUUGGCCACGCUGCCGCGGGGGGCCAGCGGGGCAGGAGAUGGUGGGGUUCGGGGAAGGCCUCGGAGAGGGUGCCCCCGGACCGGCCCGCUCAACCUCCCGGGGGGGUCUCGGAUUUCCCUGCCGUGAAGCGGAAGGCUGCUGUCGGCCCGAGGCCCGCGGCACGAGGAGCCGAGGAACCGAGGAGCCGAAGAGUCGAAGAGCCGAGGAGCCGAGGAGCCGAGGAGCCGAAGAGCCGAGGAGCCGAAGAGCCGAGGAGUCGAGGAGCCGAAGAGCCGAAGAGCCGAGGAGCCGAGGAGCGAAGAGCCGAAGAACCGAGGAGCGCAGACCUGAAGAACCGAGGAGCCGAGGAGCCGAAGAGCCGAGGGGUCGAAGACUCGAAGAGCCGAGGAGUCGAAGGAGCCGGGGAGCCGAAGAGCCGAGGAGUCGAAGACUCGAGGAGCCGAAGAGCCGAAGAACCGAGGAGCCGAAGAGCCGAAGAACCGAGGAGCCGAAGAGCCGAAGAGCCGAGGAGUCGAAGACUCGAGGAGCCGAAGAGCCGAGGAGCCGAAGAGCCGAAGAGCCGAAGACUCGAGGAGCCGAAUAACCGAGGAGCCGGGGAGCCGAAGAGCCGAAGAACCGAGGAGCCGAGGAGUCGAAGACUCGAGAGCCGAAUAGCCGAGGAAGCCUCGAAGAGCCGAGGAGCCGAGGAAGGAGCGGAGGAGCCGGCCGGGGGCCCGGGGGUCCCCGGGGGCUCGGGGGUCCCCGGCCCGCCCCGCCCCGACGCCAAGAGACUGCUGGACUUGGCCCAUCCCGAGCGCUGGCGGCUGACAGCGGCCGUCGGCUUCCUGACCGUGUCCAGCGUCAUCACGAUGUCGGCCCCCUUCUUCCUGGGGCGGAUCAUCGACGUGAUCUACAGCAGCCCCACGGAGGACUACGCCCAGAACCUGGGCCACCUCUGCGCCGCGCUGAGCGGCGUGUUCCUGUGUGGCGCCGUCGCCAAUGGCAUCCGCGUCUACCUCAUGCAGACCGCGGGGCAGCGCAUCGUCAACAGGCUCCGCGGGUCCCUGUUCUCCUCCAUCCUGAAGCAGGAAGUGGCCUUCUUUGACCGGACGCGCACAGGCGAGCUGGUGAACCGACUGUCGGCGGACACGGCGCUCCUGGGGCGGGCGGUGACCGAGAACCUGUCGGACGGGCUGAGGGCCGUGGCCCAAGCCUCCGUCGGCGUCGGGAUGAUGUUCUUCGUGUCUCCCAGCCUGGCCACGUUCGUCCUGGGCAUCGUCCCUCCCAUGUCCAUCCUGGCCGUGGUGUACGGCCGGUACCUCCGGAAGCUGAGCAAAGCCACGCAGGACUCGCUGGCCCAGGCCACGCAGCUAGCUGAGGAGAGAAUUGGGAACAUCCGGACGGUGCGAGCAUUUGGGAAGGAGCUCUCUGAGAUGGACAAAUACCUCACCAGAGUCCAGCAUGUGCUGCAGCUGGCUAAGAGGGACGCCCUGGCCCGGGCAGGCUUCUUUGGAGCGACCGGGCUGUCCGGGAACCUGAUCGUGCUGGCCGUCCUGUACAAGGGCGGCCUGCUGAUGGGCAGCGCCCACAUGACCGUGGGUGAACUCUCUUCCUUCCUGAUGUACGCGUUCUGGGUCGGACUGAGCGUCGGAGGUUUGAGCUCCUUCUAUUCAGAGCUGAUGAAGGGGCUGGGGGCCGGCGGGCGCCUCUGGGAGCUUCUGGAGCGGAGGCCCGAGCUCCCGUUCAACGAGGGGGUCAUGUUAAACCAGAAAACUUUCCGGGGUGACCUGGAGUUCCGGGGGGUCCGGUUCGCCUACCCCACCCGUCCGGAGGUGCCCAUCUUCCAGGACUUCAACCUGUCCAUCCCGGCCGGCUCGGUCACCGCCCUGGUGGGCCCCAGCGGGUCGGGCAAGUCCACGGUCGUGUCGCUCCUCUUGAGGCUGUACGACCCCGAGGCCGGAACCAUCAGUGUGGAUGGCCAGGACAUUCGCCAAGUGAACCCAAUGUGGCUGAGGUCCAAUAUCGGGACGGUGAGCCAGGAACCGGUGCUGUUCUCCUGCUCCAUUGCGGAAAACAUCGCCUACGGCGCCAACCGGCCGACCUCGGUGACCCCGGCCGACAUCCGGAAGGCGGCCGACGUAGCCAACGCAGCCGCCUUCAUCCACAGCUUCCCUCAGGGAUUUGACACGCUGGUGGGAGAAAAGGGAGUGCUCCUUUCAGGUGGGCAGAAACAGCGCAUUGCCAUUGCCCGUGCCCUGCUCAAGAAUCCCAGGAUUCUUCUGCUAGAUGAAGCAACCAGCGCCCUGGAUGCCGAGAACGAGACGGUAGUCCAAGAAGCACUGGAGAGGCUCAUGGAAGGACGGACGGUGCUGGUCAUCGCCCACCGCCUGUCCACCAUUAAGAAAGCCUCUGUGGUGGCGGUGCUCAGUCAGGGCAAGAUCAUCGAGCGAGGGAAGCACGACCAACUUCUCUCCAACCCCAACGGCGUCUACAGCAGCCUGGUGAGGAAGCAAACCUUCCUGUCGGCGGACGACGGGGGGCAGGAGCAAGGGGGUCCCUGGUUCCCGAGGGUGGCGGGCCGUUCCCAGUAAAAGGUGUGGUGGGAGGAGAGAUUCCAACCACCCGCUGCCCCCUCCGACGACCAGCUCUUGGCCCAGGCUUUGGGUUCGGACCCGAGUCUGCCUCUGUCCUCCUCCUCGGGGCCCGAGUCCAGGCCUGUGUCUGGCCUCCGCGGGGCCCGGCUCCACGCUCCCAGCUCCCCAACCUGCAGCCGUCCUUCUUGGAAGUCCAACUCCGGGCCAACUCACCCGCCGUCCUCAGGACCGAGAUCCCAGCCUGUCCCCGACCUCCUCCGGGUCCGGCUCCAGGCUCAGACUGGGAAGCUCUCACAGCCCGGAUCGACUGCCCUGGGGGAAGGGCAUCAUGUGGCAGAGCCCAAUGGAGCGUUGUGCACGUUCUUUCUGAGACCCUAAAGCCAAGGCCAUCCGCCGUGGAAAUCCAACUUGGAGGAUAGAGCUGGAGCAGUAUUUAAAUCCUCUAAAAUAAAUGUUAUAUAUUUUUCCAAUA